GUGGCACCACGAACACUUAGUUCUUUCUGCUGUGCCGAUUUAAUUUUUGUCUCUUCAUUUACCAGGAUUAUUGCCUAGCAAGGAAAAUGGCUAUCGAUGCUCUGCGUCUAGCAAACACUGCCUUUGCAGUUGAUAUGUUCAAAAAAUUAUGUGAGAAGGACAAAACAGCCAAUAUUGUUUUUGCUCCACUGUGUACUUCAACUUCUCUGGCUCUGGCAUAUAAAGCUACCAAAGGUGACACCGCAACCCAAAUGGCAAAGGCACUCCAUUUAGAAGACGUCAAAGAUGUUUUGUUUGGGUUUCAAACAGUAACGUCUGAUGUUUCCAGACUCAGUUCUUUCUUUUCAUUGAAAAUGGUCAAACGGCUCUAUGUAGAAAAGUCUCUGAACCCUACCACGGAGUUUAUUAAUGCCACCAAGAGACCCUUUCCAUCUGAACUGGAACUAGUAGACUUCAAAGAAAAAACGGAGGAAACCAGGCAGCAGAUCAACAAAUCUGUUUCGGAGCUAACUGAUGGUAAAAUGGAGAACAUUUUGAAUGAGGGGAGUAUAAAUGACCAGACUAAGAUCCUCCUGGUUAACACAGCUUAUUUUGUAACAAACUGGAUGAAGAAGUUCCCAGAGGCACAAAUCAAAGAAUGUCCUUUUAAAAUCAACAAGACUGAAACAAAACCAGUGCAAAUGAUGAACCUGGAAGCUACGUUUUGCCUGGGCUAUGUAAAGGAAUUAAAAACUGCAAUCCUUGAGCUCCCUUGCCUCAACAAGCACAUGAGCAUGCUCAUUCUGCUACCAAAAGAGAUUGAGGAUGAUACCACUGGCUUGGAACAGCUUGAACAAGCGCUCACUCCUGAGACGUUAGUACAGUGGACCAAUCCCAGCGUGAUGGCCAAUACCAAAGUGAACGUGUUUCUUCCCAAAUUUAAGGUGGAAGGGGAUUAUGAUCUGAAGCCAGUUCUGGAAAGCUUGGGAAUGACAAAUAUUUUUAAUGAGAAUGUAGCAGACUUCUCUGAAAUGUCUGAGACUAAGAGUGUGGUUUUGUCUCAGAUCAUCCAUAGAGUCUCUCUGGAAGUAAAUGAAGAAGGUGCUGAAUUGAGAGAGGUACCAGGAUAUCGGAUCCUGCAACACAAAGAUGAAUUUAAAGCUGACCAUCCAUUUAUCUUCUUGUUUAGGCAUAACAAAACUCGCAACAUUAUUCUUUCUGGCAGAUUCUGUUCUCCUUAAAUAAGGCAUAUCUAUUGAAAAAAGCAGAAUCCAUUUGUUGUGAUUCAUAUUUCUGUAAAGCUUUGCAUCCUGAGUACCACCAUUGAAAGGUAAUCUAAGAUGUUCAUAUAUCAAACAGGCAGCACCACAUACUUUUCACAUGCAGCAGUCAUAUAAAAUGAUGCAAUUUAACUCCUUUUGUUUCACUCACCUAGAAUAAGGAAUUUAGCACCACACAGGAACUCUCACAUGUUUCAUCAGGAAACACUCCAUCUCCAGCAACAAACAAACAUUCAUGUUUCUCUGAUGCAUUUCAUUUUUUAAAAGAAAUUAAAUCAAAGUCCAUUUUCCUGGAGGAAGGUGAAUUGGAAUUGCUGAAGGAUCUGGAAUUUCAUAAUGAAAGCUAGCUGAGUUUUCUAUAAAUUUACCUUGUGCUGUGUCCAGAAUCUUUCCAAAGUGUAUUUCUACAACC